GCAUUCGUAUGCACUUUGGAUUGCAUGGGGGAUUAAACUCCUCCAGCUUAGUUCAGUCACUACGGGAGAGCUAACAACAUACAAGAACUUUUUGGCCAUGCGUGUUUAAAAAUUUGAACCAAGACUCAAGACUAUACCCGCGACCGAUGAGUAAUUUGUCAAAAACAUCUCAUCCAAUGAAAAUUUUGGGAUAUUGAAAAAAUGGAGGAUCAGAGUUCAACGUUCACUUUUAACAACAUAGAUAAGUGCAUUACGCUCAGUCUUCGUUUUAAUUGGAAGUAAGGAAUCAUUCAAACACUAACUCGUCAGGUAUCGCAUCGUGAAAACUUUCCAGUAUGCCAGACUUGAGAUUCGACGGUAGAGUAGCCGUAGUGACAGGCGCUGGGGCAGGAUUGGGUAGAGCCUAUGCCCUACUUUUCGCUUCCCGAGGGGCCAAAGUUGUUGUGAACGAUUUGGGAGUUAGUAGACAUGGAGAUGGGAGCUCCUCGAAUGCUGCCGAUAAGGUUGUGGAAGAGAUUAGAAGAAAUGCUAUGUUGAAGAUGCAAAUUUAAGGGGCUAUGUGAUUGUCAAGGUAGUCAUGGGCAUGCCUUGGUCCUUCCUCUGUGUGUGCCUAUGAAAGCAUUACCACCUACAACAAUAUUUGGAGUUGACAGAGAUUCUGGAAUCACUAUUUCAUCAGUAAUGGCAAGACCUUUCCUCAAAACAGACUUUGAGGAACAGCUGUUGCUAACUAUGAUUCUGUAGUUGAAGGAGAAAAAGUCAUAAAAACAGCAUUAGACAAUUUUGGAAAAGUGGACAUUCUGAUAAACAAUGCUGGAAUUUUGAGAGACAAAAGCUUAGUCAAAAUGACUGAUCAGGAUUGGGAUUUAAUUCACCAGGUACAUGUCAAAGGAAGUUUCAAAACUAGCCAGGCUGCAUUUCCAAUUUUCAAAAAACAAGGCUAUGGAAGGAUCAUUAUGACAUCAUCAGUGGCAGGACUUUAUGGAAACUUUGGACAAGCAAAUUACUCUGCGGCGAAGAUGGGUUUGGUUGGAUUAUCGCACACCGUUGCAAAGGAAGGUGCCAAAUACAACAUACAUUGUAAUGUGAUUGUACCUACGGCAGGCAGUAGAUUGACAGAAGACAUUUUACCGCCAGAUCUUUUUGCUGAGCUGAGGCCCGAGUUGAUUGCUCCAGUUGUCGCUUUCCUCUGCCACGAAAGCUGCCAAGAGAACGGCUCCAUAAUAGAAUCAGCUGCCGGUUGGGCUGGAAAAUGCGCCAUCUUCCGAUCGAAUGGAGCACUAUUACGGUCAACUGUGGUCGAUGACGUCACUGUUGAGAAGGUCAGAGAUAAGUGGGACCAGAUCUGCGACCUCAGCAACGCGAAGCGGAUGACGUCCGCGCAGGAGUCCACUGGGGCUCUUAUGGAAGCGUUAGAGGGAUUGAAGAACAAGGUUGAGGAAGAAACAGUGGAUACUUACGAGUUCGGGAGUAAGGAUGCGAUGCUGUAUGCUUUAGGAGAUGGAAAUAUCUUUCGUGCAAUCUUCUUAUGCUUUUUUACAGUUGGUGCAUCAGUGGCGAAUCCUCAAGAGCUUCAAUACCUAUACGAGUACCAUGAAAACUACAACAUUCUUCCAACCUUCUACAUUAUACCUGCCAUGCAGGCCGUCUUUGCUUCCAGCAUUGAGAACGUAAUCCCAGGAAAAACCAUCUCUCUGGAACAGGUGUUACAUGGCGAACAUUACAUCGAAUUCCUGGGCGAAAUUCCCUUAGAAGGGAAACUUACAACAAAAACGAAAGUCGUCGAAGUGUUGGACAAAGGAACUGGCGCUGUGGUCGUUAUUGAUGCCGAAUCUUAUGAUGAAAACGGACAACUCGUAUUGAGAAACCAAUGUGUGACUUUUGCCGUUAAAGCUGGCAACUUCGGUGGUCCAAGAACAGGUACUAAAACUAUAAGCUGUCAACCGAAGCCAAACAGGAAUCCUGAUGUUUCACUGACACAAAAGACUAGCAUUGAUCAAGCUGCAUUAUACAGACUGUCAGGAGACAGAAAUCCACUUCACAUAGAUCCAUCAUUUGCCGCUGUCAGUGGAUAUGACAGACCGAUUUUGCAUGGACUGUGCACUUUAGGAUUUUCUGUCAGAAUAGUGCUAUCUGCUUUUGCUGGGCACAAUGCUUCCUUAUUCACGGCGUGCAAGGCCAGAUUUGUCAAGCCAGUCUUGCCAGGACAGACACUCAGAGUUGACAUGUGGAGAGAGGACAACAGAAUACAUUUCGAGACUAUUGCUGUUGAAACAAACACUGUUGUCAUCGCAGGUGCCUACGUCGAUCUAAAAUCCGUCAGCAUCACAAUGCCUAGCAAACCUAGCAGCCAGAGCUUGAAGAGCGACGCGAUCUUCGAAUUCAUCAUCGAAGAAGUGAAGAAGAACCCACAGAAGGCCAAAUCCAUUGGUGGUGUGUUCCUGUAUAAGAUCACCAAAGACAAGAAGGAAGCCAAAUGUUGGACGAUGGAUUUGAAUAAGGGAGAGGUAUACGAAGGCGAACCAACGUCAAAGGCUAACACAACAUUGACAGUUGCUGAUGAAGAUUUCAUCUUACUAGCAGAGGGUAAACUGAACCCCCAACAGGCAUUCAUGAAGGGGAAACUGAAGAUUACUGGCAACAUUAUGCUGGCUCAAAAGUUGCAACCCCUAUUGAAAGCCAAUGCCAAAUUGUAGAAUACUUCUUUUUUUACCAAAAUACUCCAUGGGCCAAGAUUUGACAAGACAAUUCAAGAAUACUUUUUUAAAUAUUUUUUUGCGUUCUUUAUUGGAUUUCCACAUUCCACCAGCUUUUUUAUUAAAAAUUCGAGUUUACGUGUCAUGUUAUGUCAAUCUGUGAUAUUCAUUCUGGAGCUCAUGGAUGAACUUAUAAAAUAGUUCUCCUGUUCUGUUUCAAUUUUAAGUCUUAAUUUGUGGUUUUUAUGUAUGGGUAAAACGUGUAAUGGUCUUUAUUGUAUUUUUUAUUGGAAUUGUUGUAUGAAUAUGAAAAUAUAUUUUUUACGUGUUUAA